ACGGAGCAGCGGCACCGCUGCCGGCUGAAAACCGCCGCUGCUGUCAUCGGGCCGCCGCCGCCGCUGCGCUGACUUCGUAAAACAAGUUUCUAGGUUAGAAACUUGUUUCAUCCGCCCCCAAAUCAGAGCUCCUCAAGGAGGUGAACUCCACAACCGUCGUCCUCGCUCCGCCAUCGCCGCUCCGACGCCACGCCGGCGGUUCUCCGAUGGUUCAGGCCUCCGUCGGCUGAGGUGCAUCUCCAAUUCGAAGAGAUCUUCCCCCAAAUCGACCAAAUCGGAAAUCCCCAAAUUUCAAACUCUUCAAAUCCGCUGCCUUCGUCGCCGGUCACCACCAAUGGUCGUUGCCUCACCCUCACUGGACAUCACCGUCGCUCAGCCGCUGCCGCUGCUCUAUCUAUUAUUGAAGGUUCCGUCAAUUUGGGACCAAUUCGGGUCAGAGUUAAUAUGUGGGGGACCAAAUAAUCAAAAAGCAGAUCCUAGUUCAACAACAAAUGAUAACAAACCACCUCCUAGUUCAACGAUAAAAGAUAACCAACCACCUCCUAGUUCAACAACAAAUGAUUGCGAACCACCUUAUGUGGAUGAGACAAGUGAGGUGUUGCAAGAGUCUCAACUGCAGUCUGUUGCUUCAUCCAAUGAAAUUCGUGAUUUGGUAAAGAAUGAAAAGCUUCAGAAACUGAUACACAGCAUUGAUUGCUCUGCAGAUCCUGAGAGCGAGCUUGAUAAAGCCAUGGAGGAGGAAUCAUUUAGUCAAUUUGCAGAAAAGAUCUUGUCUACCAUUGUCCCUGAUGCUUGAGUAUUCUGGACAGCCAUGAUUUUGCAACAAUAUCCUUGUUAAGUUGUAGCCUCCACACAUUAAGUAUAUGUUGAAAUCAAGAGGAGGUAUGGAAGAGGAAGGAUAAACCAAAAUGAAAAUACAAUGGAACAAUUGUUAUGAGUUUGGACACCAAAGAAUGAAUUUUGUUAGAUCGAUGGAUUGAGAUUAACUGGUCCUUCAGUUAUUUUGCUUGGUUGGGUUGGAAUUUGGAUAGUGGAAGUUGGCUCAUUUUAA